UCUCGCACAGACCCUGGCAGCACCCUCUAAUGUGUCCGACGCGUAAGUCAUCGCCUUUUACUGACAUUAAAUAACACAUCGCGCUAUUCCCGGCAAGUGGGAGAACACAACGUCAGUGACGUCACAGGAUUUUAGCUGGGCCGAACGUUGCCGCCAUUUUAGGACGCGCACAUGGGACGAGUUGAAAAUUGACAGAAGUUGUUCAUGGAAGUCUGUACCUUGCAGCGUACAAAGGCGUACGGCGUAUAAAAAGGUUGCACAGAAGCAUGGAACCAGCAUUUUCUAUUGAAUUGGCUAUGGAGAAAUAUAAAAAUGCCGAAGAAGUCCCAGUCACUUGUGGAGGACUGACAGGUCUUCUUCUUUUAAAGAAGUUCUUUUGUCCAGCUAUUCACCGAGCCUGUAUCAGGUUCAAUGGCGAGAUUGUUACACCAAAGCAGUUUUGCAUCAUGGGUGACAAGCAGAAGCUAAAAGACUGGAAAAAUGCGAUUCGCAUAGAAGGUUUUCCACUUCGGAAAUAUAUUGAAACAGGCCAGUUGGACUUUUACCGGCACUCAGAGUUCUGCACAGGACGAUGCACUGCUCGCACACCCUUAAACCGCAGUUCCAACAUUUCUAAUAUUGCUAGUGAGGCCAACGCCACAACAGUCAUGGAACCAGUUGCCUCAGUUGUUCCCUCAGGAGAGAGAAUCACUAUUGCAGAUACCUUGUAUCAAAGAUUUUUCCCAUCUGCUGUUGAAAAUGAGGAUGAUGGGACCAUCAGCGUUAAAGAAACAGCCAAGCAGGCUGAGGAUAGGAAACUUCCCCAGAUCAAAAGAGAAUCUGGCGUAUCGACAUCUUUGAGGUCUCCAGCAUCACCGAUCAGAUUAUCUGCGGGAAAUGCCACUAAGCUGCAGCCAGGUUCUAGUCUUUCUUCAUCGACAUUGCCAGCUGCAAGUUCAUCUACAUGGCGAAUGAAACUUGCUGCUGCCAAAGUCAAGACUCAACCAGACAAACAUCAUGUGUUUGAAAUAGAAGAUGGCAUAGAAGUUGUGACAGUUUCAUCCACUCAGUUGUCAGAUGAUCAACAAUUCUGGCUUGGCAUUGUGGAGCAAAAUCUUUGUGACUUGGUCUUUCAGGAAAUUCACAGUGCCUUAGAGUCCAUGAAACAAGACCUCAUCACAUACUGCGUGCGAGGUGAAGAUGCUUAUUGUCUGAGCAAUGUUGUGCGGGAGCUGGGAUUGAUGGGGAAUCUCAAAGAUAAACUGGCAGAUAUCAAACACCACAUGGACUUGCAGCAGGCUUCAAUUGCAAAUGAAAUGCUAGAGUUGAAGAAGAAAGUUGCAGAGUUUGAAGCUAAGAAGUUAGCUUUGAAGCGCAAGUCAGACAAGUUUAACUAUCUGAUUGAGGUUACCAAGGCCAAGAAACAGCGCAAGAUGAAAGUUGUCCCUGAUGUUGCAGAGUCCUCUUUGCUUGGCAGCUCGUCCAGUGAGGGAUCUGAUGAAGAGGCUGAUGAGGAUCAGCCCCCAUCUAAAUCGGCUAAACAUGGUGUUGUCGAAAAAGAACAGACAUUACGUGGGGAUAUACCAAGGUCAUCUGAGAAAUCAGAAAGGAAUGCCAGCAAAACAUCUUCUUCAGCAGCAGGAUCAAAGAAAACCUUAUCAUCAUCUUCAGCAAAAACAGGUAGUGUUGCUGCUAAGGGUGAUGUAGAUGUGAGGGCCAUAAGAAGGAGCAACACAAAGAACACCUCUGAUGACACAUCAACAUUUAAAACAGCAGCAACUGUUAACUCUGCUGCCUGUGCUGCUGAUGUUUUAAGGCAUAGAAAUGCCAGCAAAGAGCGUGGAGAUAAGAGUGGCUGCCACAAAAAACAACCUGAUGGCAAGGAGGAGAGUCGAGGGAGAGUUUCAACAAAUAAGGGCAUCAUUCUGGAGAACAAGACAGGGGAGAUUGAUGAAGGUGGCAAGCCUGUAUGUUUGCUGAAGUUAGAAGAUCUCGCCACUGAGACCUGCACAGACAAAGAAGUUCUGGAAGAAAGUGCUUUCGAGAGAUCUGAGGAGCAUAUGGUAGAAGGAUCUACUGGAGCAGAUAACUCUGUUGAGCAGCAAGAGAUUGAGCAGUCAGGUGGUCCAUCUGCACAUUUUGCGGAGAAAGGAUCCACAGGUGCACUGGACUGUCAGAAAGAGACAAACUGUGUCACCGAUAAGUCUUGACCUGUCCUCAAGUAAAGAGGAACAUUGUGAUCCAGAGU